GGGACACAGUUUGCUGGCAAGGCUCACAUGUACCCCAGGCCCUUCCACUUACUCUGGGGCUUGACAGAACUGCAGUUUUGACUAAACGUAAAGUUGUCCCCAUCUCCGGCGAGCUGCAGAGCUGGAGUUUCUUCUUCGGAAGUCCUGACGCCCUGAGCUUAGGAGUGAGCAGCCAUGGGGCGCUCCGCCUCCCAGCUCCCUACGGACAUGCUCUAAAGUGGACAGGGAGGGUGGUGCUGGCAGCGGCUCUAAGAACAGGAGUCUAGGCAGCCCGGGGCUGGCGGGCUGGCGGGCGGGGAAGGCGUGGGGCGUGGUUUACCGCUUUCCGAGCGCCAAGGAGCGGAGCGGGCAGUGUAGCGCCGAGCGCCUCGACCGACUGCACAGAAAAAACAAAUGAGAGAAAGGGAAAGCUCGAGCCCGGGAGAAAGAAGAAAGGGGUGCUCAGAGCUGUUGCAGCGCCUCCAGCCCCGCGCCCUUCGGCUGGGCGACGGACUGAUCAGAACGCUGAGAUUCAGAGAAAUAAAAAGGCUUGCCUAGUGUCCCACAGCUAGUAAGUGCCUGAGCUUGCUUUUUUUAACUGAGGAAGAUAUGAUAUAAUCUCCAUAGAGUUAAAGAAUGGCAUCUGGGCCUAUGCCUCCUACCAAAGAUGAACAACUUUCCUCUGGCAUUGAUGAUCUUCAUUUUUCAUUACAAGCUGAACAAGAGUACACCCAGAAGAAAACCUUUACCUGCUGGAUAAAUUCACAAUUGGCAAAGCACAACCCUCCCUCAGUCAUAACAGAUCUUUUCACAGAUAUUAAAAAGGGACAGGUUCUUCUGGAUCUUUUGGAAGUACUUUCAGGCCAACAAUUGGCUCGAGAGAAAGGAUCUAAUACCUUUCAAUGCAGAAGCAACAUAGAACAUGCUUUGACAUUUUUGAAGAAACAAUCAAUCAAGCUCAUAAAUAUUCAUGUGACUGAUAUUGCAGAAGGAAAUCCAUCUAUUAUUCUUGGUCUAAUUUGGACUAUUAUAUUACACUUUCAUAUUGAAGAAGUGGCUUGGACUCUUUCUUGCAAUUACAAUCAACCUUCUUUGGAUUGUGUGAGUGUUGUGGACUUGUCUCCAGCUUCAGGUCCUCCACCUAAGAAACGCUCCAAAGCACAGGCUAGAUGGAAGAUGUCAGCCAAGAAGGCCCUUCUUUUAUGGGCCCAGGAACAAUGUGCCAUGCAUGGAUCUGUGAAUGUUACAGAUUUUAAAUCAAGCUGGAGGAAUGGUAUGGCUUUUUUGGCUGUCAUUCAUGCUGUGAGACCAGACCUAAUUGAUAUGGACAGUGUAAAGGAUAGAUCCAGCAAAGACAAUCUAAAAGAAGCAUUCAGGAUUGCAGAACUUGAACUAAACAUUCCUAGACUGUUGGAUCCAGAAGAUGUUGAUGUUAUCAACCCAGAUGAAAAAUCAAUCAUGACCUAUGUGGCCCAGUUUCUACAGUAUUCCAAAGAUUUGCCUGUGGCUGGAGAUGAAGUUCGGGAAAAGGUGAAAGAUGCCACAGUCUGGCUGAUUUCACAAGAAGAAAAGUUGCAUAAGUUACAGAUGGAAUCAGAAAAGGAGACAUACUUUAAAAAAUCUCAAGGCAUGAGAGCUUUUGUGGAGUCAUUCAAUGAAGAAAAAAAAGCCUUUUUGGAUGUGCUGUCCUUAAAAAGGAAUGUGGUUGGGUUGGUGGAUGAUCAAUCUCGAUUACGACAAGCAUGGGAUAAGCUCACUAAUCAGAUUAAUGAAUGGACUGCAAAGCUGGACCAAAUCCUACCCCCACCCCUGGAUCAAAUUGAAGUCUGGCUCCAGGAAAUAGAACAUCUUAUAGCAGAGGAUUUACCAGAUUCCCAGAAUUACAAUCAAACUAUGGCUCUGAUCAAAGAACGAAUCUCUUCAUUUAAGAGUCUGAUGGAUGAGUUUGAUCGUCACCUGAGCAGUCUCUUGAAAUUUGAGAAUAAAGAUGAACAACACAUGCCAAUGGUCCCACCUGAUAAACUGGAGGAAAUGAGAAGAAGAUUCCAUAAUAUUAUGGGGACCAACUUCAUUGGACUUUUAGAGUUUCACUACUAUUUGUGCUCUGUCUUGGGUUUAAUAGAGGAAGUAAAAUCAAAAUUGAAUCUCUGGAAUAUCAAAUAUGGGACUCGGGAAUCUGUGGAACUACUGUUGGGAGAUUGGCAUAAAUUUAUUGAAGAAAAAGAAUUCCUAAUUCAGCUUGAGAGUUCUUUUAAAACAUGUGAAACAAUGAUCAAGAAUUUAGCUGGAGAUCCUCAGAACAUUAGCAAACAGUUUAAGAUGGUGGAAUCUCAGAUUUCUAUGUGUAAAAAAUGCAUGUAUAAUAUAAAAACUACCCUGCAAAAAGUUCUGUCAUCUUGGACUACAUAUACAGAAAACCUUCAUUCACUCAAGACUUGGUUAGAAGAAUCAAGAAAAGAACAUCCAAAGCAGGUUCCUUUUGAGACACUAGCAAGUUGGAAUUCAGUACUUACUACUAUAAAUGAGGUUGGAAAGUUUUUAAUUGAUGUUAGUAACCAACAGGUUGGAUCGUCUAUUAAUAAGGAACUGAAAAGACUUAAUAAAAGAUGGGCAAAAUUCAUUAAGAAAACUCAAUUCGAGAUGAAACUGCUUUUUACUCAAGAACAGGAACAAUCCGGUCUUGAUGGCACUGCAAAUAAUAAGCUAUCUUUAGAAAAAAACUCAGCUUCCUAUAAUGGUUCAACAGAUAUUUCAGCUGAAGCCCUUAGGAAGCACAUUCAGCAUUUAGAGACUGGAAAAGAAAAUGAGGCUGUAAUUAAAGAGUCCACAGAGAUCCUGCAAAUGCUUGAAGAAAUGGAAGAAUUCAUUGAUCAAGUGGCAACCUGGGAAACAGAAAUCAGACCUGUUCUGGAUUUUAUCAAACAGCAAGGUUAUGUGGAAGCUACCAUGGAAGAAUCUUUGCAGAACCUGAUUGCCCGAGGAUCUAAGUACCAAGAGCUCGUGACUAGGAAAGAAAAUGCACUAGAAAUAAUAGCAAAAAAUAUUUUAAGCCAGGUGCAACUCCAGCAUUUCCAUACAUCUGGACUCCAGACACAGAUAAAAGAAGCAAAAGAUAAAGUUCAGAAUAACAUGGCAGAGCUAGAUGCUGUCUUACAAGCCUCAUAUGAGACUUCCCUAGAAAUAGAUGUUAGGGCUAAGUUUGAAAAGUCACAGAAGGAACUUGAAUCAGAUAUUACAAAGGCUCAGCAACUCCUUAGAUCAAAAGGAAAUCCUGGUAACCUGGUUUCACAAAAAAAGGAUAUUCUAGCCAUUUUAAACAGUAAAAACUUGGACAAGUUUUUGAAAACUGCUGAACAACUAAAAAAUAUUGUACCUCCUGAUGAAAAACUAUCAUUAGAACAAAUAAGCAGAGAACUCUCUAAAGAAUGGGAGGUCCUUCAUCAAGAAAUAUGUUUAUAUAUUUAUCGAAUAAAAAUUGAAAUUGAAAAAAGACUUACUGAAAAUAUAUCAAAACUUGAAAAGCAACUAAAUAAAGAAAAAAAAUUACUCAGUAAAGGGAAGACCAAAGGACUCAUUGAGGAACAUGAGGCAUGCUUUUUCGAUGAAGGGAGCCUGUGUCAGCUGGAUCUCCACAUGGAAGCCUUGAGGGAGUUGAGUGAAGAGUUGACUUCAGAAGAAAGUCGACAAGAAAUAAGGAAAACAAUUAUAGAUUAUGGACAAAGACAAAAUGAAAUUAAGAAUGCUGCUUCUGAGAUUUAUAUGAUGCUCAAGGCUGUUAAUGAAAACACUCAGAUGCCUCGAAAAAAGAAACCCCUAAGUACAUCUGAAAAUGGUGGAAGAGAUGCUGGGAAGAUGGUACAGCCUUCUGAACCAAAUGAUGCUACUUCUGAAGAGGCUUCUGGAUCCGUUAACUUUGACUUAGAAUACUUCAGCAUACUAAAGCAUCACAAAGAAGAAAGGGGGACAGAGGAUGGCAAUGUACCUUUUAAGAAUUUACUGGAGAGAUAUGAUGCACAGAGAGAUAAUCUAGAGUUGCAGUUACAAAGCAACAAAGUCAGAGUUCUUUCUGAGUUUCCUAGUGAAAAAGAAAGGAGCAUCUCUUGCUUAAAAGAUAAAUUGACAGAUUUACAGGUUUUAAAAAAUGAAACUGAUUCUUGCUGGACAGAGUUUGAAAUUACUUCAUCAAAUUUGGAAAAGAUUGUGAAGGACCCAGAAAGAUCUACUCUUUCUCAAACAAGGGAAAAAUUAAAGCGAAAAGAAGAAGAGCUUCAAGUGAUUCUAAGCAAAAGGAUGAAAUCCUUAGAAGCUGCAUUGAGAAUUGUUUUACCAGUAGAAAAAGAAGCUUUUCUCCUUGUUGACUCAGAACAAUUCCUCCAUAAAAUAAACAUACAAGAAUUUAAUCUAGCUGGUGUUGAUGAUGUCUACCAAAAUCUAAAGGAUAUCCAGAGGUGCAUAGUGAAACAAAUUGAAUUAUGUAAUAACUUGGAACCAUCAGGCAGUAGUGCAUUAAACGAAUUUAACUGGAUCGAUCUUGAUGCAAUUCAGAGCAUUAUAGUAAAAUAUAGAGCACAAUUUGAAGAAAUGAACAUCAAAAUGCAGAACAGUGAAAUGGCUAUUAAAGCUCUUGAAGACUUUUUGGCCUUACUGAGAAAAGUUAAACUUUCUCUUCAAUCCACAACUGAUUUUUCAACAUCAGACAUACCUGAGAUGCAAGAAAACAGCUGGACAAUAGAAGACGUGCAGAAAAAAAUUUCACUAAUGAAAGAGGAAGCUAAGUGUUUGGAUCAGCGUAUGAAAAUGCUUGACAUAAGCUUAAAAGAUGCUGAGCAAGGUGAAGAUACUUGCUGUGAAAAACUUGUUGAAGUUUUCUCAAAAAUGAUAGAUGAGACACAUGGUCAUAAUGAACAUGAGGAUUUCACUGAACAAGUCCAGUUACAAGAAGUUUUUGUUGCCAAAAAUACUGAUGUUCUUAAAAAUAUUAAAUAUAUUCAGGACCAGAUUAAUAAAAUUGGCUUGAAAGAUCCAACAAUUCCAGCAGUAAAACAGAGGAUAAAAUCAUUAACAAAACUGGAGAAGGAUUUGGAUUACUAUGCAGAGGAGAUAAACUACCUCAAAAAAAUGGCCAGUUCUCUUCCAGAGUUAAAAGAUGGAAAAGGAGAAACCCCAAGUCAACAAUGCCAAGAGACAACAUGUUUAUGGGAAGAUGUAAAAUCCUCUCUCGAAGAAUGCCUUGAGCAAUGCCAAAGAGCAAUGGAUCUCUUGAAGCAAUACCACAAUUGCAAAAGUAUUUUGACCUCUUUGAUACACAAAGAAGAAAGUGUGAUCUCAUUGCAGGCUUCUUAUAUGGGAAAGGAGAAUCUGAAGAGGAGAAUAGCAAAGAUUGAAGUAGUCAGAGAGGAAUUUAAUGAACAUUCAGAAGAUGUAGAAAAAAUAAACCAAAUCUGCAAAAAUUUGCAGUUCCAGCUAAACAAAAUGAUAACCUUUGAGGAGCCUCCCUUUGAGAAAGAAGCUAAUGUUAUUGUGGACAGAUGGCUUGAUAUAAAUGAAAAGACAGAAAACUAUUAUGAUAAUCUGGUCAGGGCUCUAGCCUUGUGGGACAAACUUCUUAAUUUAACAAGUAUAAUUGAUGAGUGGAUUGAAAAAGUGCUUAGAAAAGUUGAAGUCCACAAGCUGAAUGAUGCAGAAAGAACACAGGUGCAGGAAGAGCUAAAAAUCCAAGAGCAGAACAGUGCCAAAUUUGGAGCAAGGUUAGUUGAAAUAGAAGAAUUUCUUCAAAUCAGUGAACCACCUCUCGAAUUACAGGUCAUCAAGUCAUCUCUUUUGAACAGAAUAGAACAAAUAAAAAUGCAUUUAAUGGAUAAAUCCACUCUGAGUGAAGUCAAUGGGAGUACAGCUGAGCUAAAAGAAGAUCUUGACCAGGCCAAGACACAGAUUGGAAUGACUGAAUCUCUCUUAAAAGCCCUGUCUCCUUCUGACAGUUUGGAAAUCUUUACAAAAUUGGAGGAAAUACAGCAGCAAAUUCUCCAGCAAAAACAUAAUAUGAUACUACUUGAAAAUCAAAUAGGUUGUCUGACUCCUGAACUCUCUGAACUGAAGAAGCAAUAUGAAAGUAUCAAUGAUUUAUUUAGUACUAAAAAACGUACUUUGCAAGACCACUUUUCCAAUCUGUUGAAUGAUCAGUGUAAAAAAUUUGAUGAUUGGUUCAGCAACAUUCAAUUGACCCUUAAGGAGUGUUUUGAGUCACCAGAAACCAAAAAGUGUAUGGAAGAAAAGCUCCAGAAACUUAAUGAUUCCCUGACCUUUGAGGGAAAAACCAAGGACAUACAAGAAGUACAAACUGCAUUGAAUAAUGUAAAAAGGCACCUGCCCAAGGCAAGUGUCAAAAGACUGAGUAACUGGAUUGUGGCCCGGGAAUUGGAAUUACAGAAGAUGAAGUUUUCAUGUCAGAUGCAAGCCAAACAACUUCAUGAUUGCUUACAACAGUUACUUAGACUUCAGGAGGACUACAUCAACUUGAGUAAAUGGCUAAUGAAUCAAGAAGAGAAAUGGAAGGAGAUUGGAGUAGAAAAAGAGCCAGAUUUUUUCUGCCAAGCAUUAACUAGAAAAAGGCAACUAUUUGAGUCUUUAGCAGAGUUAAACAACUCACUGAAGAAAUUUGGACUUACUAGAGAAGAAAUAGUGAUAGAAUCAACUAAUUUGAUUGAGAAAUAUGAAACAUUUUUAACACAAGUAUGUGAAAAAGGAAAUCAUCAGUCACCUGCUGCUGUAGACCAGAGUUUUGAGGAUCUUGUACAUGAUGUAUUUUCUUGGAUAAUGGGGAUUAAAGAGUCACUCAUGGUUUUGAAUUCAACUGAAGGCAAAAUGCCACUUGAAGAAAGGAUCCAGAAAAUAAAGGAAAUCAUUUUACUUAAACCUGAAGGGGAUAUGAAAAUACAAAAUAUCAUGAGUUUGGGAGAGACUGGCAAGGCAUCUCUGGUUCAGGAUACUCUUUCUGAUAUCAAGAAUCAGUGGGACCACACUAUUCAUUUAGCCAAUACAUAUCUGAGCCAUCAGGAAAAGAUUCAGCUUGAAGGAGAAAAGUAUUUGCAAAGCAAAGAUGACUUACGACUAAUGCUUACUGAAUUAAAGAAGAAACAAGAAUCAGGUUUUGCUUUGCAGAAUGGCUUACAAGGAAAGAAAGCUCAGUUGAAAAUAUAUAAGAAAUUCCUACAGAAAGCAGAAGACUUGACAUCCUUGCUUAAUGAGUUAAAAACUCAAGGAAAUUACCUCUUGGAGUGCACGAAAAACCCCAAAUUCAGUGAAGAAAAAUGGCUAGAAAUCAAGCAUCUCCACGAAAGCCUCCUUCACCAAUUACAGGAUUCAGUGAGUAAAUUAGAAGGUCAUGUUCAAGAACACCAGUUGUACCAGGACUUGGUUGCAGACUUGAAUACCACAUUGGAAAAUUUCUAUCAGAAAUUCCUCGGUUUCCCUGAUAACCUGGUAGAUGAAAAGGCAGCAGAGGAAAAGAUGUUAACAUUGCAGGAACUAGAAGCUCUUCUUAAUCUAAAGGGUGAUACGUUAGAGAAGAUUUUAGUUUUAGCUGAGUCUAUCAAACAAAACUCCUCUUCCGUGGGACAGAAGACCAUUAAAGAUGAAACAGAUUCACUUAAGUAUAAAUACAAAAAUUUGGAAAAUAGACUUGAGUCUGUUAAGGAGGAGACUGAGAACAGUUUCAACAGCAUCCUCAAAUCAAAAUCUGAAAUAAAGAAGAAAGAAGAAACAGCUAUGAAAAAAAGAGAGGAGCAAGUAUCUUCUGAUACUCAGGAUUCCAUUCAUGAGUCUAUCACAGUGGAAAAGUUGAAGGAAAGAGGGGAAGUCAAGAAGGUUGGAGAAUUAAAUGGAAAGAACAUGAAUAAAAAACAGCCCAUGAUACCUCAUAUGAAAGAUAGUCUGUUAUUAUCAGACUGCUCUCCACAGCCUCCCAUCCAGGGGAAUAUUGGAGAAAGUCAAACUGUUCAGGCUGAAGUAUCAUCAAAACAAGAACAUCUGGAGACCAUUGACACUAAACCUAAUCCCUUUGAGAAAAAUUCAGUGCCUGAGAGCAUAGAAUUGCUUAAGGUCAGAGAAAAGUCUGAUGUGGUACUUGUAGCUCACAAAAGUCAGCGGGAAUCUGCAACAAAUAAUUUGAAGAAUGACCAGACAAAUGAUCAAAUCUCACAUAUUACAAAUGUUAUUCAAGAAAAGCUGAUAACAAACCAGAAAUCUUUGGAAGAUUUAGAGACUAAAGAUCCACUAACAACUGAAGAACAAGUGGCAUCCUUGGAAAAAUCCAUGGACAUAAAUGAUCAGGCCUACAAGAGGAUUGUACAAGACUUCCAACUGUGGUUGAGUAGCAAGGAACAACUCCUGGAUUUUAUAAAACAAGGAGAGCCAGUUACUGAAAAAACACUUUCAAUUUUUGAGAAUUCAAGUUUAGAAAUGCUUUUGUCAAAACAACUUUCUCCUGAAGCUCAAGAAAGCAUGAAAAACAUUGAAGAUGAGCAGAGAGUCAAUGAACUGCAAAAUCAACCUUUAGAUUUGGAUAUUAUUUCAGCAAAUGAACAAUUAAAGGAGAUAGAGGUGUUAUAUAGGCAACUGGAAGCAAAGAAAGCAAAUAUUGGAUCUCAAGAACCCAUCAUGUUACCCCAUAACACAGAAACCAGUGCCUUAAAUGUCAAAAAUAUACAACAUUCAGAAAACCAAUUGGACAGACUACUUCAGGCACUGGUUACCUUGAAGGAGGAUAAGGAAAGACAAUACUGUCUUAUCAAAGAUUUUCAGGACCACCUCUUGGCUAUUAAAUCAUCAGUGAAAGCAUUAUCAAUGGAAAAAGAAAACACAAAGGCUGCAUCUAUGGAAAGCAAACAGCAGCUGAAGAAACUAGAAAAAUGUCUGGAGUCAAUACAUAAGGAGAAAGAUUCCUUAAGCAAACUUAAGGAAGAACAGGAGAACUUAUCAAGUCACCUAAGUGAAAUGGACAAGAAGUUAGCAGAAAAACAAGUUAAGCAACUUGAGCUUUGUUGGGAACAAGUAGAACAGUGGAUUCAAAAAAAAUAUUCUCAACAAGGUGCUGAAUGGGAUGAAUUUCAGUGUCUGAUGAAUAAGAUCCAAGACAUGGAGAAUUCACUGCAAGAUCAUCAUCAGCAGCAGCAGUUAAAGUUGAAUUCUCCACCAGAGCUAGAGGAACAUAAAGAUCUGAUGUUCUUAGCCACAAAGCUCAACAUCAUAAAGAAUAACUUUUCUCUUUUAAGGGGGAGAGUUGAGCAUCAGAUGAAAAGAAUUUGGGGAAAGAAAGAAAAGAAGAAAUUGGAAACCGCAAUCAGUAAUUUACAAGAACAGCUAGAAGAACUGGAGCCUCUAACAAAGGAAAAGUACAGCCAGAUGAAGAAUUGCAAGAUCAUGAAAAAGAUUCAAGAGGCUAUGCUGUGGGUUAAUAAUUUAUUAAUUGGCCUGGAUCAGACAGCUGCACUUCUUCCAGAUAAUAUUGUGUCACAGAUCAAAAAACACAAGAUGGUGCAUAAUGAGGUUCUAGAUAAACAGCCAAUUAUAGAGUCUUUGAUUGAGGAAACUAAAGGUGUCAUUCCUGAUCUUGAUCAAUGUGAAGCCACUGACUUAAAUACUUUUUUAGAUGAAUUGCAAAGCUUAAACCAGGCACUUGUUUCAAAAUGCACUGAAAUAGCUGAGCAAUUGGAGACCAGACUGGAGGAGAGAAGCACAUUUUUUGAGAAACUGGGAAAAGUGCAGAGUUCUCUCCAGGGAAAGGAAGUAUUGAUCACCCCUGAGAUCAAAACAGCUUCUUCAAAGGAGGACCUGGACCAAUACCUUGUUACUUUGAAUGAUACUCAGAAGGAACUACAGAACACUGACAGGCUCAUCUCAACCCAUUUCCAGGAGGCCACAGAUUUCUCUAAGUGUUUAAAUAUAUUUGAACAAAUAUUUCUCAUUGAUCAAUUAAGAAACCUUAAGAACAAAGCCAGGUGGACACAAAGAUUAAUGCAGAAUAAGCAUCAUGAAGUUAGAAAAAAGUUAGAUAUCUACACUGAAUUUUUUGAAAAAACAGACAUGUUGCAGCAAGAGUUAAGCCAGAUACGUAAUCAUGCACUGCUACUGAACAGAAAACCAAAUCAUGGAACUAAGGAAGAAAUCUGUGAGCUCAGAGAAAGAACCUCUGUUCUUCAAUCUAAUAUUAUACAAAUAAUGAAACACAAAGAUAUUUUUGAAUCCCUUGGACUCAACUGGGACAGUUCACACCUUGACAAAGUACAGGCAGAGUUACUUAAAAUAAUAACAGAACUUGAGGAAAAGACCAAACAAUUAGAGAGAGUCAAUAUAGAAAAUGUAAAGCUUCAGACAUCACUAAAUGAACUGCAAAUGGUAACUUUGCAAAUUAAGAAAGAACUUGCUGAAAUAGUAAAUGACACCAGUUUUUCUCCAGAAAGCAGGCUACUUAGUGCCCAGAUUUUGAGUCAAAGAAUUGAAAAAGCCACAUAUUUAUGCCAAGAAACCAUAGAUCUGUUAAGUGCCAAUGAAACCAAUAAGGAAUCUUUCAAACAGGAGAUACCACAAAUAAGGCUCCUUGCAGAAGAAAAUAACAAGCUGCACAAAUUUCUUCAAAAUGUAGUUGAAAAUUUCCAACCUCGAUCUGUCGGUGAAAAGGAUUUUAGAGACCAACUGGAAUGUGCAUUGCUUGUUCUAACAGAAGUUAAUUUUCAGUUACAACAGCCAUUAGAAGUAGGGUUGGAAAUAAAACACAUUCAAGAGGAAAAGGAUAAUUGUGAAGCUCUUCAGAAAAGAGUUAAGGCUGAGCUUUGCCAGAUUAAAGCUAUCACUGUCAAAGAAUAUCCAAGGCAAGAAGAUAAUUCUCACGAAACCAGGGAUUUGGAAUCAAAAGUGAAUGAACUUGAAGAUCUUCAACUACAAUUUGACAAAGGCUUUGCUUUACGCAUGAAUAUCCUGGAUGAGGCCUUGGAGAACAUGAAACAUUUCAAUAAAGCAGUCACAAGAGCAGUUGGACUCAUUAAUUCAUUUAAAACCAAAGUUAAUUCACAUAAAAUAGAUCUUGAUAAUCUAGGGGAAUCUCAACAGUUGACUGACUGGAAACAAGAGGAGUUUAAGGCCUUGAUUGUGGACUUAAAAAACCUCACCUCAAAGCUGGAAAACAUAACUGGUCCCAAAGACAAAGUACAGCUUGAACAUGUAUUGUGUGAAAUUAUCAACAGUUAUUCUUUGAUCAAGGAAUCAGCUGAAACAAAGAAAGCUGACUUAGAGAGGUGCCUAAAGAGCUAUGAAGGCUUUAAUAAAACCAAACAAAAAAUUUGUGCCAUCUUGAACAAAGUGGAAGGGGGACUUCAGCAAUCUAUUUCUCAAGAGGCAAUGUCUUACAGAGAAGCUUUGGAGCGCUUGGAACAGAGCAAGAAUUUUGUGUCAGAUCUUGUAUCAACUCAGGAAGAACUAACAAAGCUACGACAAGACUUCAGAUGUUUGAGAUUUAUGUGCACAGAAAAUGACAGCAUAUGUCUACUCAAAACUGUGUCAGCCCUGUGGGAGAGAUGGCUGAGUUUGUUUGAGAAUGCUAGAGAAUGGGAAAUGUUCUGUGAAGAGCUGAAACAAGACUGGAAAUUUGUCAGUGAAGAAAUUGAACGGGAAGCAAUUAUUUUAGAUAAUCUUCAAGAAGAAUUCCCUGAGAGUACCAAGCCAAAAGAAGCAGCCACCAACAAGGAACUUUCUGAAGCUCUUGAAUGUUUCUGUCAAUAUGAGGAGAACUUGGAGAGGGAACAACUGCUAUUUACAUUACUUCUCCACCGGAUAAAGAAUAUCCUGAGUGUUCCUGAAAGUUUAGAAAUAACUGAAUCUGUUCCAGUAUUGCAAGAGAUUAGGUCCAUGCAAGAUCGAUGUACCAAGCUCUCUCAGAAAGUUCAAGGAAAUAAAGAAUUGAUACAGUUAGAGAUUGAAGAGAGAAAUAACAUCAGUAAAGAAAUAAUGUCUUUGAAAAAUUCAUUGGAAAAAAUGACAGCCACUUUCCGUGAUAUGCCAUUAGAAGAACACCCAGAAAAGGAAGAUCAUAUGGAGGCUCUUCAGAAAAUAAUUGACAAAGAGAAGCUAGCUCUUGAGAAUAUUAUGGAAAAACUCCGAAUCAAGUACUCUGAGAUGUAUACCAUAGUUCCUGCAGAGAUUGAGUGCCAGAUGGAAGAAUGCAAAAAAGCUUUAGAAGACAUAGAUGAGAAGAUUAGAAAUGAAGUCUUGAAGAGUUCACCUUCUUAUAUGAUGAGAGAAAAAAUAGAAGAAAUUAAUCAUGGGCUUCAGAAUGUUGAAAAGAUGUUACAACAGAAAAGCAAAAAUAUUGAGCAAGCUCAAGAAAUUCAAAAGAAAAUGUGGGAUGAACUAGACCUCUGGCAUUGCAAAUUAAAUGAACUAGAUUCUGAAGUCCAAGAUAUAGUUGAACAGGACCCAGGACAGGCACAAGAAUGGAUGGAUAAUUUAAUGGUUCCUUUUCAACAAUACCAACAAGUGUCACAGAGAGCAGAGCACAGAACUUCACAGUUAAAUAAGGCCAUACUUAAAAUGGAAGAAUAUAAUGACUUCUUAAGGAAUACUGAGACUUGGAUAGAAAAUACCAGUAGUUUGCUAGCUGGUCCUACUGACUAUAGUUCUUCAAAGGCCCUGAGUCACCAUGCUAAUACUCUUCAGAUGGCUUUGGAAGAUUCAGAACAAAAGCAAAAUCUUCUUCAUUUGGUUUAUUCUGACUUAGAAGAGUUUUCAGCAAUCUUUGAAACAGAUGACUUUGCACCAAUUAAGUUAAACCAGCUAAGUGCUAGAGUCACAAAUCUGCAGCAAAAAAUAAUAGCAAGUCUUCCACAAAUCCAGCACAUGGCUGAUGAGGUGAUUGCUAUCGAAAAUGAAGUAAAAUCAAUAGAGAAGAAGGUUUCAAAAAUCAAAGCUAUCUUGUUUUCCAAAGAAAUAUUUGAUUUUUCUCCCGAGGAACAUCUUAAGCAUGGAGAAGUCAUACUUGACAACAUAAAGCCCAUGAAGAAGGCAAUUGCUGAGAUAGAGUCUUAUCAAGUGGUUCUGAGGUUACCUGAAACGGGAAUGAAAUCUUUGCCAGUAUUUGAAAGGACAAACCAGCUUUUACAAGAUGUGAAAAUGUUAGAGAAGGCGACCCAUGAAAAAAAUGAAAUAUUGAAGCUUGUCAUGAAACAGACUGGUGAAUGUGACCAAGAAAUAGAAAAGUUGAAGUACCUCUUAAAGAAUUAUUCAACUGAAUUAUCUCCUGAAAACUUUUCUCCAGACCAAGCCACCACUUUGCCUCAUGUACAGAGAGAAAUAGACAGUAUAAAAGAACAGAUCCUGAAUUUGAAUCAGAAAAAAGAAGACUUGUUGAUGGGCUUGAAGACAACAGUCUUGGCUCUCCAUCAGCGUUUGCAGCAAGAAAAACAAGAGUUAGAAAAGGAAACAGAGGAAUCUGGAUUGGCUGAGAGAGAUGUUUCUGAAUGGAAACUGAAAAGGAAAGGAUCCAUGUCUCUUCCACCAUCAAUUGUUGAAGAGGUAGAAGAAAGUUCGCUGAAAAGUGAAAAUGGAGAUGAGAGAACAGAGUCAGCUUCUAGUCCUUGGUCAAUACAGUGGGGAAAUGAGAGAAACAAAGAAGAAGACAGAGCCUCCUCUUCCUCAGGAACACUUAUACAGGAGGUAGAUGGGCGAAUAAGCACAUAUGAUGGGCAUGAUACACAAAUGUUUGCUCUGAAUCCAUUGAAGAAUGAGCAAGACCUAGGUUCAUCUUCAACCCAUAUCCAGCAAGAAGUGGGUGACACACCUUCCAUUGGAGUCCCUUUUCAGAGCUCUGGAGAAGAACAAGGAUCUUUGGAGGAAAUCGUGGCGAGUUCCAGGCCAGAGUCUGUGGAGAUCCUUCAUGUCUGCCAGAAACAGGUGGCUGAGCUGGAGCUGUGGCUUGACAAAGCUAACCUCUCAUUCAGAGCUGAAACUUUAAACCCAGAAAUGCAGCAGAUGGUGGAACAGGAGCUAGCUGGUUGUCAGGCCAUGUUAACAGAGAUUGAACACAAGGUUUCUUCCUUAUUGGAGAAUUGCAAAGAUCAAAGUCUAGGAGAUAGUGGACGUAUGCAACAAGAGGCAGAAAUGCUUUCCUUGAAACUAAAAGCUGUGAAGUAUAAUUUGGAAAAAGUCCAAGUAAUGCUUCAGGACAAAUACAGUGAUGAGAAGCGAAGUAACAAUCUGAAGAAACCUUCAGAGGAUCAGAAAAUCCAGCAGUCAGACAGAUCUCCUCUAUUUGAACCUAUUGUGUUUGAAAGCCCAAUGUUUGGCCGACAAAAAGGUUUCCAGCAAAAGGUCUUGGAGUUAAAUCCAGAGGAACAGAAGGAUCUUAUCAAGUUCAUUGAAAUUCAUGCUGAGAAAAUGUGGCAUCAGAAGGACCAACGGGAUGACAAUAAAACCCAGGAAUCAGUUGUAAGCCCUGGAGCAUCUCACUCUAGAAAUGGAUCCCUAGAGUCAUUCCUACCAUCUCAGGAACAAAGUGAAGACAAAUGGUACUAUUUGCUUCAAGAGCUAUCAAAGGAGAAGCUCCCUUCACCUCAGCUUGCAGAUGAUCAGAUUGCUGUAAAUGUGAAUUUUCUCCCAAUGGUACCUAUGCAUAAUGUUAGAUCUCCAACAGUUGAGGAAUUGAAAACUUAUACUUCUCAGCUUGAGGACUUAAGCCAAGAAGCAAAUGUUUUUCACACCCAGGAAAACCCAACAAGUGAACCCUCUCUAAAUCUAGAUAAAAAAAUAUUUGAUCUCCUUCUGAGUAUUAGUCAAUGUUUGAGCAAUAUGGAAGGAAUGCUACAGACUUCUGGCCUCUCUAGAGAGGAUGCUGCAAUACAGCAGGUCCACUAUGAGAUGCUGUCUCUAGAACUACAAAAACUUCACUCAUCUAUAACUAACAAAAAAGAAGAUCUUUUGAAACUGAUAAGCCACUCUGGAAAGAACUCCAGUGUAUUCUUUGAGUGCUUUAAAAACCUGCAAACACGACUUGAGGAAACUCGGACUGCAGCUGCUUCCAGAAGUCAAUCCAUGAAAUCUGGGAUAGACCAUAAUAGUGAUUAUCAGAGUCAAUUAAGGCAAUUAUAUGAUCAACUAAUUGAGAAAAAAUCCUCAAUGCAACACUCCUUGAAUGAAAUUAGUAACCAAAGUAUUGGUGAACAGCUCCAGAAAGCAGAUUCAUAUGCUGUAAAACUUCAAGACUAUGAGGUCCAGGUAGCAAAACUGAGAGAUGAAGGGGAAAGGCUUUACUUACCUUAUGUUUUAAUUCAAGAAGUAUACAAAUUAGAGGAUAUCCUUGAUGACAUGUGGGGACUUCUAAGAGCCAAACAUGCUGAACUCAACAGCCCUUUCAUCAGUGAAAGCCAACAGGAAGGGUUAUUGCGAGGAUUGGUAGAGCUUUUGACUAUUGGAAAAGAAAAGCUUGGUCAAGACCAACGACAGCAAAUCAAAAGUAAAUGUUCUUUACAGGCUCAACUGCAAAACCACAAGGGUUUUUUCCAGAAGCUUGUUGCUGACGUCUUUCUAAUCCAAGCAUACUCUAAAAAAGCACUGCCCCCUUUGUUACAAAAUAAAGAGAAAUUUUGGACAGAUAUGGUAAAAGAAGUAAAACUGCUGGAGCAGCAUGCUUGCCAAUAUGGCAUGAAACUGGAGAAUUUGUUGCAGAAAUGGAAAGAAUUUGAUGAAAACUAUGAAUCCCUUGAAAAAGACCUGGAAAUUCUUGGAUCUUCCCUGCCUUCUACCAGUUUAGUGGAAGAGACAGAGGAACGAUUAAUGGAAAGGAUUUCAUUUUAUCAGCAAAUCAAAAGGAAUAUAGAUGAAAAACACACCAAACUUUACCAAACUACAAAUGAAGGCAAACACCUCACCACUGCUGUGAAUUGUCCUGAGCUGGAUAGCCAGAUUUCAAAACUAGAAGAACAAUGGUUGGCUUUAAACAAAAAAGUUGACCAUGAGCUACACAGACUUCAAACCCUUCUCAAACAUCUGGUCAGCUAUAACAAGGACUCAGAUGAAUUAACCAGGUGGUUGGAAUCUGCUCAGCAAACUCUGAAUUAUUGGAAGGAACAAUCUCUUAAUGUAUCUCAAGACUUGGAUACAAUUAGGAGCAACAUAAACAACUUCUUUGAAUUUUCAAAGGAAGUGGAUGAAAAAUCUUCCUUGAAGACUUCUGUGAUCAGCACAGGAAACCAGCUUCUUCACUUGAAAGAAGCUGAUACUGCCACAUUAAGAUCUUCUUUAGCACAGUUUGAGCAAAAAUGGGCAACACUGAUCACUCAGCUUCCAGAUAUCCAAGAAAAACUCCAUCAGCUUCAAAUGGAGAAAUUGCCAUCCCGUCAGGCAAUCACUGAAAUGAUUAACUGGAUGGACAGCAUAGAACAGCAGAUAGCAGACGAGGCCACUUUGGAUUCACAAAGUUCUGUAUCUCAAGUGAAAAAUCUUCUUCAGAAGUACAAGGAAUCCAGGAUGGAAAUGAAUUAUAAGCAGUGGAUAGUUGAUUUUGUCAACCAGUCACUUCUACAGCUAAGCACCAGCGAUGUAGAAAGUAAACGUUAUGAAAGAACUGAAUUUGCAGAACGCCUUGGAGAGAUGAAUCGUCAGUGGCACAAGUUACAUGGGACACUAAACAGAAAGAUUCAACAUUUAGAACAACUCCUAGAGUCUAUCACUGAGAGUGAAAACAAAAUACAGACUUUGAGGAGUUGGAUGGAAGCCCAAGGAGAGAGACUGAAAGCACUACAAAAACCUGGAAGUGUGAUAUCAGUGAGGAGGACUCUGCUGGACUGUCAGGACCUAGAAAAUCACCUUACAACUAAAUCCAGAGCACUAGAUGAUCUAAAACAAAAUUAUAUGGCUUUGGAAAGUGGCCCAAUGCCAGUGUUACAGGACACCAUUUCUGGAAUCAAUGAUUUAUAUCAAAUGAGGAACAACAUUGUCAAUCAGGUCAACCAACUCAAAACCUCCAUGCAAUCAGUGUUACAUCAGGAAAAAGGUUAUGAUAAACUCUUUGAGGAAGUGAAUAUGAUGACAAUACGAUUCUGGUACUGUGUGGAACACAGCAAGCCUGAUGUAUAUUCUCUGGAAGCUUUGAGGUGUCAGGUGAAGAACCUUCAGUUUCUUCAAGAUGAAGCAGAAAGCAGUGAAGGAAAUUGGAGCGAACUCCAGGAUGCAAUUAAUAAACUCAAAGACUAUUGUCCUUCAGUUACUGAGAUAAUUAAACAGAAGUAUCAAGAAGCACGUACAAGGUGGACUCAAGUGAAUCAUGAAGUUGCAGAACAGUUACAGUCAGCCCAAAGUAUGCUACAACUUUGGGAGUCUUACACUGUUGCUCAUACUGAAGCAACAGCAAAGCUGGAUCAACUUGAAGAGAAGUUGAAACACAUUUUAACCAUCAAUAUGUCUGGAGACAACCUGACUGAGAUCUUAAUCCAGGCACUGAAGGAUGCAGAGAACUUGCAAAAUGAGCUACAGAACAUAAAAGAAACCUUUCUUCAGAAUUCAGCAGUCAUUGAACCAAACCUAGAGCAAGCAGGUCCUGUCAAGCAAGACGUUCUUUCUAAUCAGUCUUCUUCACUUCAGAGGAUUUCUUACUUGGAAAAAAUGCUGCUUAUGAAGUCAAAUGAGUUUGAGCAUGUUCUUUCCCAGCUGAAGGAUUUCAGGCAUCAACUAGAAUCUUUGGAAGAUAGUAUCAAGCAUUCAGUACAGAGUUGGGAUUUACAGGGAAGAGAAGAUGAUCCAGAACGCUUCCUGAAUCAUAUGUUAGAACUAACAGCACUGUCACCUGACAUGGAACAUUUGAAUGAAGUGAGCUUCAAAUUGCCGCUUAGUGACAUAGAUAUAAAGACACUACAAAAUCUGAAUCGAAAGUGGAGUCAGGCAGCUGCCACAGCUCUGGAAAAGUGCAGUGAACUUCAAGGAACUGGAUCCAAUGAAAAAUUCCUUCACAAAUGUGAAAAUUGGAUACAAUUUUUGGAGAAGAUAGAAAAGUGCCUGAAAAUGAACCUGGCUGGCAGACUUGAGGAUCUUUUAGAGCAACAGAAAACAUUUGAGAUGCUACAAGCUGAGAUUUCUGUAAAUCAGCCAAUUGCUGAUUAUUUUGUCACCCAGUCACUCCAGCUUCUGGAUACUCCAGAAAUAGAGAAGAGAACGGAAUUUGUUAUGAAACUCACAAUGUUGAAAGAGCAGUGGCAAGAUGCUACCCAAAGGGCUCAACAGAGGAAGAACACCAUCAAUGAGCGGGUGAAAGAAUGGCAACGCUUCAAUGCUUCUCUACAGAAUGUGAUCCAUUUCCUUACUGAUACCGACCAUUUCCUGUCUGCAAUUAAGAGCCGAGAUUGUUAUAGUCUUUGCCAAAUUAGAAGUCUUAUUCAUGAUCUCAAGAACAAAGAAGUACUUCUUCAGAGACAGCAAACUACCUGUACACUCAUCUUGGAAGCAGGGAGAAAGUUAUUGAUGAUAGCUGAUCCAGAGACCAAGGAUUCCAUUGAUAGGAAAACCAGGGAAUUGCAGGAUACCUGGAAGAAUAGCCAAUUUCAAGUAGCUGAAAUAACCAAACAAUUCCAAAGCACUAUUGAGACCUGGGAUCGAUGUGAAAAGCAAAUCAAGGAGUUGGAAAGCAGGCUGCAUACUUUAAAGGCAAAAAUUAAAGAUCCUCUCCCAGAACCAUAUGAGGAGCUCUAUAAAGAAAAGGAACUGAUUAAGGAACUGGAGAAAUCCUUGUCAAACUGGGCUCAGAACUUGAAGGAACUUAAUAUCAUGAAGGCAGACUUAACCCGGUACAUUCUUGUGGAAGAUGUGAUGGUUUUGAAGGAACAAAUAGACCAUUUGCACAGACAAUGGGAGGAGCUCUGUUUAAGAGUCUCACUACGUAAACAAGAGAUUGAGGAGAGACUCAAUUCCUGGAUUGUGUUCAAUGAAAAGAAUAAAGACUUAUGUGCAUGGCUGGUUCAGAUGGAAAACAAAGUUCUACAAACAGCAGACAUUAGUAUUGAAGAAAUGAUUGAAAGAUUACAGAAGGACUGUAUGGAAGAAAUCAACCUGUUUAGUGAAAACAAACUUCAUUUGAAGCAAAUGGGUGAUCAGUUGAUCAAAGCCAGCAAUAAGACUAGAGUUGCUGAAAUAGAUGAUAAGCUCAGCAAAAUUAAUGAUCGCUGGCAACAUCUAUUUGAUGUCAUUGGAUCAAGGGUGAAGAAGCUGAAGGAGACCUUUGCUUUUAUACAACAAUUAGACAAAAACAUGAGCAACCUUCGCAGCUGGUUGGCUCGUAUUGAGUCUGAGCUUUCUAAACCUGUUGUUUAUGACAUCUGUGAUGAUCAAGAAAUCCAGAAGAGACUUGCUGAACAGCAGGACCUACAACGAGACAUUGAACAGCACAGUGCCGGGGUAGAGUCUGUAUUUAAUAUAUGUGAUGUCCUGUUACAUGAUUCUGAUGCUUGUGCCAAUGAGACAGAGUGUGAUUCAAUACAACAGACAACCAGAAGCCUAGACAGACGGUGGCGAAAUAUUUGUGCCAUGUCAAUGGAGCGGCGAAUGAAGAUUGAAGAAACAUGGCGACUCUGGCAGAAAUUUCUGGAUGAUUAUUCCCGCUUUGAAGAUUGGUUGAAGUCAGCAGAGAAGACAGCAGCCCACCCAAAUUCAUCGGAGGUGUUGUACACAAAUGCUAAGGAAGAACUAAAGAAGUUUGAGGCUUUUCAAUGGCAGAUUCACGAGAGACUUACUCAGCUGGAGCUAAUCAAUAAACAAUACAGGCGACUUGCUAGAGAGAACCGCACAGACACUGCUAGCAAGCUGAAACAGAUGGUGCAUGAAGGCAAUCAGCGUUGGGACAACCUCCAAAAACGAGUCACAGCUAUUCUUCGGAGGCUCAAGCAUUUUACCAACCAGAGGGAAGAAUUUGAAGGAACCCGGGAGAGCAUUCUCGUGUGGCUCACUGAAAUGGACCUGCAGUUGACAAAUGUGGAGCAUUUCUCUGAGAGCGACGUGGAUGACAAAAUGCGCCAGCUGCAUGGUUUCCAACAGGAAAUUACAUUAAAUACCAACAAAAUUGACCAGUUAAUUGUAUUUGGAGAGCAGUUGAUUCAGAAGAGUGAGCCUAUGGAUGCUGUACUGAUUGAAGAUGAGUUAGAAGAACUCCACCGGUACUGCCAAGAAGUGUUUGGCCGAGUGGCCCGAUUUCACCGGCGGCUGACCUCUCACAAUCCAGGAUUGGAAGAUGAAAAAGAAGCCUCUGAAAAUGAAACAGAUGUGGAAGAUUCAAGAGAAAUACAAACUGACUCUUGGCAUAAAAAGGAGGUGAACGAGGGACCAUCAUCCCCGCAAUCCCUUUGUCAUCUUAUGCCUCCUCCACUGGGUCAUGAGCGAUCAGGUUGUGAGACCCCUGUCAGUGUGGACUCGAUUCCACUUGAAUGGGAUCACACGGGCGAUGUGGGAGGGUCCUCCUCUCAUGAAGAUGAUGAAGAAGGACCAUAUUACAGUGCCGUGUCAGAUAUAGAAAUCACUGAAAAUCCUGAGGCAUAUCUUAAAAUGACCACAAAAACUUUGAAAGCAUCUUCUGGUAAAUCCAUUUCUGAAGCCCAUUCAUGGCAUACUCCUGACAGCCCUACCCAUCCAAAGCAUCACUACAAACAAACCGAAGUUGAGAGGAAUGUGCUGCCGAUCACUCCAGAGACAAGCACCCCAUAUAAGCCAGAAUAUGUUAAACAACUUAUACCUCCUGGCAUUGAUGGUGUGGACGAUGGGAGAGAAGGGUCCAGAAUGCUGAAUGCCGGUGAGCAGAAAGGUCUUACAGAGACAGAACAACAAGCAGGGGUCUUUGACAGUUGGAAGCUCAUUCAAGCCCAAGAUCUUCGCAAUAAACUUAGAACAAAGCACAACCUGCAGCAAUGGCAGCAGCUGGACUCAGAUAUCAAUGAUGUCACCCUUUGGCUGAAAGGAACUGAAGCUGAACUGGAAGAUUUAGAGAUGGCAAAGCCUGCAGCUGACAUCCAGGAAACAGAGCUCAGAGUGAAGAAAUUAAAAGAUAUACUAAAAGCCUUUGAUAAUUACAAGGCAUUAGUGGUCUCCAUCAACUUGAGCAGCAAGAAAUUCCAGCAACCAGAUAAUACUGAAUCAAAAGAACUCCAGAACAGACUCCGGCAGCUGAAUUUGCUCUGGGAAAAGGCAAAUCAUUUGUUGGACAGCUGGAGAGAAAGCUUGCAGCAUUCCCUCAUGCAAUGCCAGGACUUUCAUCAAUUGAGUCAAUCCCUCCUAUUGUGGCUAGCAAGUGCAGAAAACCGAAGAUGUACGGUCCAAGCCCAAGUCAUGGAUUCAAACGCAGAUCCCCAUACCAUCCUGGAGUGCCAGAAAGAGUUGAUGCAACUAGAAAAGGAACUAUUGGAACACCAACAUCAAGUAAGCUCUCUUCAGGAGAUCUCAAAGUACCUCCUUGCUAAGGGAGAUGAAGAUAACUAUAUUGAAGCUGAUGAAAAGGUUCAUGUCAUUGGGAAGAAACUCAAUCAGCUGCUGGACCAAGUUGCCCAAGAUUUAGAAUCUUUGCAGGAUAGCCAGGAUGUGGAUACAUCAUUGUUAUCUUUUGAUGAAGUAGACAGUGGUGGCCAUCAUCUAUCAUCAACAUCUAUGUCUGCCGCAGGAGAGAAGGUUGGAGAAGAGAGAAACACAGAAGGAAAGAGCAAGAAAAAUAGCAGAGUGGGACAGCUCUCUGACCCUGGCUCAACUUCAACCAGCUCUGGAUCCCGCUCCUUUCUUUACCGGGUGUUUAGAGCAGCCCUGCCACUCCAAUUAUUUUUCCUUCUCUUACUGCUUCUGGCUUGCAUGAUCCCCUCUUCAGAGGAAGACUAUAGUUGUACCCAAGCCAACAAUUUUGCUCGAUCAUUUUAUCCUAUGCUGAGGUACACCAAUGGGCCCCCACCAACAUAGAGUGGGUGCAUCCUAUACCAACACAGUCAGCAUGGGUGCUCAAGCCUUGGGCUCCUAGAGCUUGCAAUCCCAAUGUAAGUAGCUUUUCCAUUUAGUCACCAUCAGCUGAGGCUCACAUGCCAUGAAUUGGAAUCUGCCUCUUGAGGGAAUGCUAGAACCACCAUGGCUUGAAUAGAUGUGUGGUGGGUGGCAAGUGAUGUACAGUCCAAAGGUGUUAUGUUAUAAGACAUUCUUCCAAUAGGGUGAGGACCUGGUCAGACCUCAGAGCACCAGUUGCUCUGUGAAAGACCUGAGUUGCUUUGCAAACCUCAUUUGUUUCUGGCCACACUUAGCCUUUUAAAACCAUGUGCAGAAGAGCCUAGCAUUUUUGUGGAUGCUGCCUCCUAAUGUCCCAAACUCAUCAAACGGGUUUACAGAAGGGAAAAUCAGUUAUCCCACAUAGCCAACAGUUACUGAACAGUAGUAUUCACUACAGUCUUGCAGUACAAGUAAGUAGCUUAGGGAAUAAAAUUUCCCUUCAUGGUUCAAAACCUCUGCGAGAAACUGGUAGUAGACACAAUCACUUUUGAAAUGUUUAGCACAGAAUUGCUGGAUAAUACAGAAUACAUGAAAUUCAAUAUUAGUCAGUUUUAAAUGUAAAGUGUCUUGUAUUUGUCUGCUAAGUCUGCCCUUUUUAUAUGUAGCUGGAAAAGUUUUUUAAAAAUUAUUCUAUUGCAUGGAUGUGGUUUUUUAUUGUGCAUAUUUUUGAAAUUAUUUCUCUGAAUCACUGUAUGAAUACAAAUGAAGAAUGUAAACUUCAAUUUUUUAAAAUCUGAGCUUUAGAUUGAGUUUUUGACUAAUGUACAGUAAAUGCCAAAAGACAGACUGAUAUGUUUUUUAUAAGUUAACUUUAUAAGACUUUUCACACUUUAUAAAAGUGGUGCUGCAGGUUUUUUGUUAAACUGUAUAGUCAGGUGGGUUGGUACAGAAACACGAAGCUAGUUGUGGCAUGUACUCUUCCAAUGUGGUGUUGUUUUUCUCAUUAAAAAGAAAUCUGCUCUCUUUGCAA